UCUUGUAGCAUAUACAUAUAAUGCGAAUCCGUAGAUUAAAAAUAAUCUAUAUUGCAUAAUUACAUUGCAGGUUAGAGAUAUGAUAUUAUUUAGUGAGGAUUAGUGUGCAGAAUUUAAUUCUCUUAACGGAUGUCAAUUUAACAGGAGGAAGAAGAAUAUAAGGAGACGCCGCCAUAGCAGUUCUACUUUGAGGGGACUUAAUUACGUUUCGAUUGGUGAAAAGAUGGCCCUUCAAAGUGGAAUUGAUGUUGCGGCCUGGCUAUAUGUAUAUGUAUACAUAUCUGUGCUCACUCGCUUCCUCCAUUCUGCGGUGUUCAGGUUUGUCGUGUUCACUCAUGCUGGGGGUCACUGUCGCCAACUGUCGCUAAUGACACGGUAGGGUACGGGUCAAGUGAUAACAGUUUCACGCCUGGUGCUUUAGUAACGGGUAUUCCGAUUCUUAAACAGAGUAACGAGGAAUACCAAGCCCUUUCACUACAUUGCUCAUUGUACCACUCCGAUCCACAACCAAGUUGUGAUGGCAUUUUAAGAAUACCGGAAGAUAGUUUUAAUGACAACUAUUAUUGCCGGUUUUACUUUACUGUUGAUAUACAUAAGUAGUAUCAAAGUAUAAAAUAGGGUCCAAGUUUCCAUAAAAUUACGGAAGUAUAUAGUAAGACAGAAAAAUGAUAUAUAAUUUAGUACAAAACCAAGUAAAUGCAUACUUCGUAAAAAAAUCCUAUGUAGAACCACGUGUUGCUGCUAGAGAGUUCAUUGUUUUCGAUUUGUCAAAAUAACACAUUGAACUCGUGGACUGAGUACAUGCGAUAAAUUGGACCGAGAAACCUAAUCCAUAGCUAAUUAAACGUAUGUAUAAAUCAGGGAAUAAAAACGAGUCCACUUGUCGCAUAAGAUUACAGGAUCCAAUGCAGUUGGAUUCCAUGGAAUUCAAGUUCCAAUAACACCCUGGCCUUCUCACUGUGUCACUCACAGCUUUCGUCAUUCCUUAUAUGGCCGGAGCAGCUCACUAAUCAAUUCCCUGGUUGCAAGGUGCGGAAUCUUCCAUAUAUAUAGUUCUAAGUACUUCAUUCACAUUAAUAAAUAAUUUCAUAAAAAAAGUCGCACGAAAAUAUGCAGUCAAUUUGCACUUUCAAAAACGAAAGGAAAAUGAAAGACGCCUUCGCAUAGGCAACCUUUCAUAUUCGAAUGCGUCACAAUGAGAAAUUGCGUUUUACUGUAUCUACACGUCUGCCAGUAUACAACCUGUCAUAUGAACUUCUGUCUUAAACUUUCAAUACAUUUGUUAAAAACCUUCAUUUAGUUUACUAAAACUAAUAAAUGGCACGCAUUACGUAAAUACAUAUUUUUAGAAUGCCAUUGACGCUUUGAAUGAGAAUAGGCGUCAAAAGCAUUGUAACGUUGAUCUAGCGUACCGCUCCAUUCGAUGUAUAGAAUUGAAUUCAUAUGUGUAUGGAAAAGUUUAAAAAUAUAUAGUGUAUUUGAAUAAUUAAUAAUUUUUUAUUUAUAGUUUUAAAGAAAUAAUUAUAAUGCAUCCUUAAAAUUGAUCAAUAAAUAUGUGUAGACUAUUCGCAUAAUGGUCAGCGUUUAUGAAAGCCGCUUACGUCUCAGAACUCUUGAAGUUGUGUAAACGUCAGCGCAUAAGCUCCACGUGUCGAUCUAGCUAUACAAUAAUUCUAAUAGCUAAUUAGCAUAACAAACUAUUUGUUUUGGUCAGAACAAGUUUUGGAACUAAUGAUCGUUGUACUUGAACUGUGAGAAAUCAAGUUUUUCUGUGUCUCUAUUUAUGUAGGUUAUACUGAUUCUUUUCUUAUUAAAAUUAUGAUGGACAUUAAAAAGAAAGUCGUAGAAAAAUUUAAUGCUGAGCUGGGAACAGAUCUAAAGAAUCUGAAUAAGAUAAUACACUUACAUGAACAGCUGACAGAAGAAAGGAAAGGAAUCGAGCAAUCGUUAUCCUUGGCGUCCACCGAAGCACCAUCUAAAAUAAAAGCUGCUGUGGCAGGUGUUGAACAAAUUAGCAAUGAAAUUGAUGAAAUUGUUAAUGCCUGUGAAGCACUGCAAAAGAAUAUUGCAAAACAAUUACAACAGAACAGUAAAACAGUGGAAGUUCAACAGCAUAUUGAUAAGAUUGGAGACUUGGAUAAAGCAUUAUCUUACUUGCAUCUCAUUAAAUUUAUCGAGAAUACAAGUGAUCAAAUCGAAGCAUCAUUGUCAGCCAAAGAUGAUGAACUGACUAUAACAUUAUAUACAAACUUGACAGAAACAAGCUGUCAAUUACAGUCUUCGACGUGUCAUCAUUUAGCAAAUUAUGUCAGAGAUCUAUUACACUUUUGGCAUAAUCAUCUCAAAGAUAAACUAGCAAUGGAGUACAAUGAAAUUCUGAAAGCGUUGCAUUGGCCCUUUUGCGGAAGUCAAGCUCACGCAAUAAGUUUUCUAGCUUCUUCAUAUAAUCCACAAGUGAUGCUAAGAUUCAAAGUACUCACAGAAUAUCUUUUCCAGCUACAGCUUCCAGAGGAGACAAUGAAACCCUCAGUGAAGUCUACGCUGCUCACUGAUUUCCAACCAGUCAGCUUACCAAUUGUAAUUCUAAUUCGUCCACUGAGGCAAAGAUUUAUUUUCCAUUUCACAGGUGCAAAACAAACGAAUCGCCAAGACAAACCCGAAUGGUUUUUUACCCAAGUCCUCACAUGGAUCAAGGACCAUGCACAAUGGAUCCACAAAAAUGUACAACCAGUAGCUGACUCUUUAGGUUUCACUCAUGUUAAUGCCAAGGUCGAAUUUAUGCGAGGUCUUGUACAAUUGGCUGUAGAAAAAUUACAUUCAGAAUUACCAGUUGUUCAAUACGAUGACGGCCUCUUUGCUCAUCUUGUAGAUGAAGCCUUAGGCUUUGAACGAGAGUUACGAGAAUCCUUAUUCUAUCCUCAGAAUCAACCAGCAACAGUUUUUGUUCUAACCCAAGCGCACAUCUUUGUCAAGUGGAUAAACAUGGAGAAAAAAUAUGCUACCGAAAAGAUGGAUGCUAUACUGAACUCGGAAACUGCUUGGGAGAUGCUCUCCGGUCCUGACGUGGAUGAUAUGAAAGUUACUGAGUGUGCUGAAGCUUUUCUUACGCUUUUGAUGACUAUUACCGAUAGAUAUAAUCAUCUACCUCAACCUGGACAUAGAUUACAAUUCCUUGAACUACAAUUAGAGUUGAUAGAUGACUGGAGAGUACGCCUGUUACAAUUGUUACACGAGGAUUACGAAGAUCCUCUGAAUUCAAUAAUGCCACGAAUUCUUAAUACUUUACACUACGUGUCCACCGUGCUUAUAGAAUGGGGCACUACAGUGCACUUUCUCCAAUUGCAUUUCUUCAAGAAGCAAUUUGAGUCUGUCGAAUCCGCCACUGACAAAGUUCUGAUGCCAGAAAACGCUGCUGAGGAGGAUGGAUCCGUAUUUGAAGAUGCUGUGGCUCUGCUGCAAAGAUUAGAAAAAAAAUUAGUUAAUGAAAUUAGCAAUUCCGUGACACUAGAGGUUAAGGCAAAGAGCCGUCCGUACAGAACUGAUAAAUGGUUUGCUAUGCAGUCGGAUAAGGAAAUAGCCUCCCUCUCAGUGACUCCGAGCGGAUGUCCAAUGUUUCAAGAACUAGCAGCACGCUUACAUGCACUUCAUGAAACUUUGGCUUUGCCACUUUUUAAUCAAGCUUGGCGAAACUUAGCUACUCAAUUAGACCAGUAUCUACUAGAAGAAGUUGUUACGGUUAAUCAAUUUAACAUAGGUGGAUCAGCACAGUUUCAGUUUGACAUUACAAGAAAUCUAUUUUCACUCUUCGGCCUAUAUACUAGUAAACCAGAAUCGUAUUUUCCAUUAACGCGCGAAGCCUGUAUACUACUGAAUAUGCUACUGGGUUCAGCAAUGCUGUUAUUAGAAUCAUUAGAGCGAGAUGAAAAUACAACAGAGGUACUGGAGGAUAUAGGGAUUUACAGAAUGUCUGCAGAAACUUGUAUAACGGUACUUAAAAAUAGGACUGAUAUAAUUACACAGUAACUGAUUAAUGCAUUAGCAUCUAAAAUUACAAAUAAUAAAGAUAGUAUGACAGACGA